UACGGACGUAUUUAAUUGUGAUCAGCUUCCCCAUUUAUCUCCAGCUCUGUAGCAAUGCGCUCUCUGCUGCUCGGCCUGACGUUGACUGUGCUGCUCUCAGAGCUGCCGUCGCACACAGCAGCUGCUCCGUAUCUGAUUUGUUACUACGACUCGGCAGGUUAUGAGCGACAAGGCCUCGCUCAAUUCUCAUUAGCGGACUUGGAGCUGGCGCUGCAGUUUUGCACUCACGUGAUAUAUGGCUAUGCUGGCAUCAACCCAGACACCUAUGAGAUGAAAAGUCUAAAUCAGCCGCUCGAUUUUGAGCGUCGUCACUUUGCUCAAAUAACGGCACUUAAAGAGAAAUAUCCAUACAUUAAAUUUCUAUUAAGUGUAGGAGGUGAUCGUGAUUUGGAGCAAGAAGAUAAAUAUGUUAAGCUACUAGAGGCUGGCACUCAGGCCCAGGCACGCUUCAUCAACUCGGCUAGAGAUAUCAUACGACGCUUCAACUUCGAUGGUCUGGAUCUCGCUUUCCAGCUGCCACGCAACAAGCCACGGAAGGUUCACUCAGAAGCCGGCAUGGUAUGGAAAAGCUUUAAGAAAUUCUUUACCGGCGAUUUCAUAGUCGACCCCGAUGCUGAGACCCAUAAGACACAGAUGACAAACCUGGUUAAGGAUCUGAAUACCGCACUUAAAGCGAACGAUCUACUGCUAAGUCUUACGGUUCUACCCAAUGUCAACUCCAGCUGGUAUUUCGAUGCACCUGUCAUCGCCAAUAAUGUUGACUUCAUCAACCUCGCCACAUUCGACUUUCUGACGCCCGCCCGCAACCCAGAGGAGGCUGACUACUCUGCUCCACUCUACGAGGCAUUCGGACAGAAUCGCCUGCCCCAUUACAAUGUCAACUUCCAAAUGGAGCACUGGCUGCUGCAACGUGUGCCGGCGAGCAAACUGAAUAUCGGUGUUGCCACUUACGGACGGGCCUGGAAGCUAACAAUUGACUCUGGCAGCAGCGGGCAGCCGGUGCUGCUUGCUGAUGGGCCGGCACAUGCGGGGCCGCAAACCAAGACAGAGGGACUCUUAAACUGGGCUGAGAUAUGUCAACUGCUGCCAAAUCCGAGCAAUGUUAAUGCCAAUGGCCACGCGGCGCCCAUCAAACGCGUCCCUGACCCCACAAAGCGUUAUGGCAGCUACGCCUAUCGCGCCGCCGAUGAGAAUGGCCUCUAUGGACUGUGGGUCAGCUAUGACGAUCCGGAAACCGCCUCCAGCAAGGCGCAAUAUGUGCGCGCCAAGAAUCUCGGUGGCAUUGCUCUGUUCGACUUGACUCUGGACGAUUUCCGAGGUCAGUGCACCGGGGAUCGCUUCCCCAUGCUGCGUGCUAUCAAAUAUCGACUACUCUAAUGCAUAUAUAUAUAUAUAUAUAUGUAUAUAUA